CAUGCGCCGAUCGCACCGGUGAAUUUGKCAUUCUUGUCGUUCAAACAACGCUUCGAGUUCUUGUAGCCAUGGUUCUCUUCAAACUUCUCAAGAAUUUGAAUAUCACUUGAUUCAUGUGACAGCAACAUUAUUUAUUGUGAGUAUCUUAAUAGUAUAAACAGUUCACCGAUUAUCGGCGGCGAAUUUGUGGAAAAAUUCAAAUAUGGGCACUGUCUURCCGCCCUGGAAGCUUGAACUGAUCGAGAAGAAAAAAAAGAGGCUUGAGCAAGAGAAGGCCAAAGAAAAAGAAAAGAUUGAUAGAUACAGUAGUAUACCGGAAUGGAAAAGGAGUAUUUUAUCUAAGAGGAAAGGUACACAAUCUAACGAAGASCCUUUCAGCUUUGUAGCUCACAACGACAGCAAACCGAACACAAACCUUGAGAAUGAUCAAAUUCAAAACACUUCUCCUAYCUACAGGAAAAUCUCUCGGCAAAGUUCUAGUGAGGGACGUGUGAUACAGCCUGAUAUUAGUUCGUCUAACGAGAUACGAGAUCCCAAAGAAAUAUUUAAGAAUGGCGAUGGAGAAGGACAUUCCUUCGUCGCCAAUGGUGUAUCACAAUCCGAUAAACAAAGGCAAGACCAACGCAGUAAAUUGUCAAACCAUGCCAGACAUGAAUCCGACUCGGAGGAAGACGAAGGGAGAGUAUUAUAUGAGCAUAUAAAAACUCCUUCUGAGCUUAAAAGAUUGUAUGAAUUACGAGUGGCUAAAAGGAAGGCACUUGAGGAAGCGCAAAACAAAGAUACUCCAAGCUCAACGCGUACAAAAUCUUUGAAUGACAGCCAAAGAAUUCGAGAGGAAAACGUAAGUCAWCUAAACAGCGAAAUACCAGACAAGGGAAAGGUAUCUACRGACGUGGARCUCAACGGCGYUUUAGCACAAGAAGAAAUUGUAAAGGAAACACAGAAAAUAAAGUUAGCUGAAGAGCAAUCACUCCAAGAUGGCAUUCCACCUGCUACMAGUGAGAUCAAUCAAGGACAUGCAAUUGAUAGCAACAAUAAACACGAUAAAAAAGAAUURCAAAAUGGUGGGGAUACUUCAUCAGAAAUACAUGUUGAGGUUAUYAGAAGCAAAUUUGGACCAUCUGGUUCUUUUCGCCGUCGAAGUUCCUCAACUGAUAAUUUGUUGUCAAAGUCAAGUCCUGACCAUACCACCCCAACAGGGAGCCCUAAGCCUAGACCAUCUCCACUCAACAAGCGRUGGUCUAUGAUUUCAYUGCCAAAAGCAARUGAUARCAGUGAUGAUCAWGGUUCCUUGARYAGGGCUAGGUCUUUGAGUGAUGUACWKAAUGAACCACCACAGCCUGAUCCUGUCUAUCUGCGACACAGAGCAAGUGUUUCACAUGAUAUUGAGCAUCGAAUUCAUGAAUUACUUCACCAUGUGUCUGUGUUUGAUGGYAAUACAAGUGAUGAGUGGGAUGARGAUGAAAUGCUCUCAAARCAGAAACAACCACAAAAUCMAGUACCUAAAAAWGAUGAAGAACCAACUAGAGAAAGAAGAGCAUCGUGGUUUUCUUCUGAACAAGUUGCCAAACCCACAGAAUCCAWUCAUAUUUCUUACUUACCACAAGGUGAAAAGUCAUUACCUUCAGUAAAUGAGGCAAAAUCUAAUCAUGGAAAAACAGAUCAUUCUUUGGAGGAAAGAAAUGAMGUUUCUAGCCAAAAACCUACUAAUACUCUUCUCAAUUUAAUUAAACAAGAUCAACAGAMCAAAGAGAAAGAAAUUAUUGUUCAUACUGCAGAAAAUCAUGAAAGUUUUAAUGCAGAUCUUCAUGASUCAGACAUGAAUGUAAAUAAUGAAUCAGCUGACRAUCGAAAUUCAAAAGGACCAUCAGUUCAUAAACUCAGUGCUCUCUUUGGUUCUAGUAUCUUAAAAGGAAAYAAAAAAUCAAAGGUAAAUAAAAAUGCUGMAGUAAAAAAGACAACCACACAGGAAACCAAGUCUGACAACAAGAGUGAUUCUAAAGGAACUUCAAGGAAAUUCCCAUGGAUGAAAAAGAAUACYAAUAAUGACACAUCAGUCAACAGCACUUCUAAUUCMGAAGRAUCAAAUUUCCUUUUCAAAGGUGCUCAAAAKCUUAAACCUGUGCAGAACAGGUAUUCUGAGCAAAAAAUGCCAGGUAAUGUGGCUAUGGUGAUUGGUGGUGGUUCAAAAAAUAACACRACUUAYAAUAAYGUUAAGAAGCCAGCCCCUUAUUCCAAAACUCCACCAGUUAACAAUAAGAACAUUACUCCUYCAUCUAAACAUGCCCCAAAGAAGACAUCGAYUGAUUAUGAAGACGAGUACAUAACUGUCAUUGAUGUUCCUGAUACAAGCUCUCAUGAUAUUCAAGUAUCGGCAAUUGACAUUCCUGAAGCUUCAUCCCYGACACCAGUGUCKGUCAUUGAUAUGCCAGAGUCAAAGGACAGUGGAUUWAAAGUGUCAGUCAUCGAUAUGCCACAAGAUUCCGAUUCUGAUAGUGAUUCUGAGACGUCAGGCAGCUAUGAGGUGAAUCCCAGUGUGUUUACAUUUCAAACAGACAGCUCGGAAAGCAGAGAUGAUGACGAUGAGGAAGAAGACAUUGACAAUGUGCCUGUGUCGUAUUAUGGGGAUUCAACUUACAUGACAGUUCCUGAAAUCAUUUUUGAAACAGMGCGGGAAGAAGUGAAGUCAAUCUUGAGUAGUCCACUGAGAAAAAGAAAGAGAAAGAACAAAGUGGUCUUCCAUCCAGACAAACUAGAGAAGAUCCAUGAUUAUCCAUCAGAAAUAUGUCUACAAUCACACUACGAUCAAAUGAUGAAGGAACAAGGUGGUCUAAGUAGCUACAAACCGUCUUCUUUACAAAAUGUUAAUCUAUCGAUAGAAUCUCUGAAGCCUGUAAUACAGACAGACCAGAACUCUAACCWCAAGGUGAACGACUCGGUUAAAGUUUCAUAUUCAGAUGAUGGAGAGGGAUUUAGCACUUCGAGUAGCUCAAGUGGGGCAUUACUUUUCUAGACUAGGAAAUUAGAAUUACACAGCAGUGGUUAAGUGUKAAAAUUAUAAUAUUUUACACUGUAAAAUUAUGAUGAAAAAAAUGAUGUUUUAGACUUUGAUUCUUUCUCUUAAGAAACAACAUCUAAAAUAUCAUAUUAUUUAUUAGUUUAUCAGAACUAUUUUAUUAGAAACAUCACUGCAGCUAUACCUCACAGUCUUAAUUACAAUUAUAUUUGUUUAUGGAUUAAAACUAACGCUAAUGUUUUUCAUCUGUGUGCAAAUUAUAUGCUAGCAAUCAAGGUAUAUGCCAUAUAUCUGUGAAACAACURCAUGUAGAACACACCUCUAGUGCAUUUUUGAAAUAUUAUUUUCAUAGYAGUGACUAAUGGAGUGAAACAUUGGUUAAUAAUGAGAGCAUGGUAAUUAGUCAUCUUGGUAUUAUUUAUGCAUGCCUCAGUGAAUUCUUAGUUUGUAGAUGUAAAUCCAAUAGUUGAUACCUAAACAAUAUUUCACAUGACACAAGAACUUGUUGCUUCACAGUUUUAUGGCAUUUCUAUAAAAAAAAUAAUUUUUUUUUGAAAAUAUCAGAGUUCUACUUAUUGYUUUCAAAAUAUCUAAAAAGUAUCUGAUAUGAAGAAAGAAUGUGUUAUGGGUGUGUGGUUAUGUUAAAGCAAUGUAGAAUAAUACUGUCUGUUACUUUGGGGUUGGUUGUACAUUGUACAAAAUUUGAGUAGUGCUAUCCUAGGACCAAAUAACCUUAAUAUAAAUCCAUGCAAAAUCUAAUAUGUUGUAGGUAACUUUAUCCACCUUUUGUACAACCAGCUCUGUUGUCAACAUUCCUAACAAGUCUAUUCAAUCACAYGGAGUGACAUAAAAAGAGAAUCAUUAAAAAUUAUUGUAUUUAAAACAUCUGUAAAUAUACACCUUAAGAUAGCUAAGAUAUUAUAAAAUGUGCUUGAACUAA